AUGCCGAUGACGGUUGUCUCCGGUCGAUUCUCACCGGCGCUACUACCGAUUAGCUUAUCAAUUUCGCGGUUGCUUUCCGUCAAUUACGCAUGUCAAAGAGGCGUUGUUUUGUUUUCCAGAUCAGUUCACGCCACUUCUGCUUCCGCCUCCGUCGAGACGAACUUGAGUGUGGAUCCUGUUAUCGAGAAGGAGAAGAACAUUCUAGCUUGUCCCAUCUGUUAUAACUCUUUAUCAUGGAUUAGUCAACCUAAUGGAUUACUAGAAUCUACUGCAUCUGGUACUCAAUUACAAUGCAAUACCUGUAAAAAGAGUUACUUGGGUAAUGAGACGCAUCUUGAUCUGGCUGUGGCUAGUGGAAGCAGGCAAUACACUGAACCAAUGCCACUUUCGACGGAGUUAUUCAGGACUCCAUUAGUCUCCUUCCUUUACGAGAGGGGUUGGCGUCAGAAUUUCAUAUGGGGUGGUUUUCCAGGACCAGAGAAAGAGUUUGAAAUGGCGAAAGACUACCUGAAGCCUGUUUUGGGAGGCAAUAUCAUUGACGCCAGCUGCGGAAGUGGGAUGUUCUCGAGAUUAUUCGCUAGAAGCGAGCUGUUUUCUCAGGUGAUCGCUCUUGAUUACUCGGAAAAUAUGCUGCGGCAGUGCUAUGAGUUCUUAAAUCAAGAAGAAAACUUCACUAACAAAGAGAAAGUUGUUCUGGUCCGAGCAGACAUAGCUAGACUCCCUUUUCUUUCGGGUUCAGUUGAUGCUGUUCAUGCUGGUGCUGCUUUGCAUUGCUGGCCUUCACCAUCCUCAGCCGUUGCUGAGAUAAGCCGUGUUCUAAGACCUGGAGGAGUAUUUGUUGCCACCACGUUCAUCUAUGAUGGCCCUUUUAGUUUCAUCCCGUUCUUGAAAAAUAUUCGCCAGGAAGUAAUGAGAUAUUCAGGUGGUCACAUCUUUUUGAGUGAACGUGAGCUUGAAGAUCUCUGCAGAGCCUGUGGACUCGUUGGCUUCACUCGUGUUAGAAACGGACCAUUUAUAAUGCUCUCGGCCACUAAACCCAGCAGAUAA